AUGAGUGUUCCACGCGCCAGGUUGCUGGACCUGAUGAAGGCCCAAUGCCAGAUCUUCGCGACGACAUAUAACCCCGAGGGCGUUCGAAUGGGUAACAAGGUCCUCCGCCAACGACUCAAAGGCCCAGCUCUCGCCUCCUAUUACCCCCGAAAAGUCGUCGACAUUCACACAGUCAUGAAGUCGUUCGGACCUCACCUCACAACAUUCGACUUGAAGAACGAGGAGCGUCUAGAUCACAUCGCUUCACUCAAAGCUCGGGGGAAGGGUGCACCUACGAAAAAGAAGACAAAGUCCCCGCCGAAGUCCAGAAAAUAA